AUGAAUCGUUGGCUGGUCGCACUACUGCUCUUUCUCGUGACUGUCGACAUUUCCGAAUGCAAUUGCUAUGACAACUGGAGUCGCUGCACACCUGCCACAUCGUUUGCGACAGGCAUAAUGUGGAAGGACUGCCCGGAGUUUUGCAAGAAGUGCAAAGGACAACCCACAGGAAAGUGCACUCGUGUGUUCAACAAACACUGCAGUGGUGCUGCUCUUGGCGGUGUAGGAGAGAAAUCAUCAAAUCCUCUUGAUAUCGCCACUGCAAGCUUGGACUGUAAGCCGCCAGGAGAUGCCGUCAUUUCACAGAAAGCAGCAACAAAUAUACAUGGUUACCACUAUUAUGUCUCCAGAUUU